AUGGCAUCAAAGGCUGAAUUAGCUUGUGUAUACUCUGCUCUCAUCCUUGUUGAUGAUGAUGUAGCCGUUACUGGCGAAAAAAUUUCGACCAUCUUAAAGGCGGCCAAUGUUGACGUUGAGCCCUACUGGCCUGGUUUGUUCGCCAAGGCUUUGGAAGGUAUCAAUGUUCGUGACCUGAUCACCAAUAUCGGCUCCGGUGUGGGAGCUGCACCUGCCGGUGGAGCACCCGUCGCCGCUGCUGCUGCAGCCGCACCUGCUGCUGAGGCCGCCAAGGAGGAAAAGAAGGAGGAAGAGCCUGAAGAAUCCGACGAUGACAUGGGCUUCGGUCUUUUCGAC